GGCUUGACCAAUUCACACUACUGCACAACUGGCAAACCAUCAGAGCUCUUCCCAAUACGUCCCAUGAUCACCCCACUCCAUCCUUUUGCCGUGACCUCAAAAAGACCGUUAAGAACUGGUUCCUGGAAAGUGGGAAGAAGCCCAUCUGACGUCAGGUUGCCACUUUUGGGGCCCAUUCGCUCCCAGUAUUGGAGACAAAGGAGACUGACAUAAUAAGGUGAGUGUGGUCUAUGUAAAGAGCUCUAUCCCUGCUCCUAUAGUCUUAUUCUCGCUUUUCUUCUUAAUUUUCUGCAGACGUGAAUAUCAAUAUCCAUUCAUCACCUCCAUCUUCCGGCAGCUGAUCAGGGCCCACGUGACCUAAGAGAAACGCGUGGGCGGUGAGCAGCCACGUCAUAAGAAUUAAUAUCAGAAAAAAACGAGUCAAAUUAAUUUGGAGAAAGAAGAAACACUGGUGGGACGUGCUUCCACCUUUUCUAUCUUUUCCCCCCUGAAUGAUUAUCACCACCCCCUCAAACCGCAUCGUGAAUAUCCAUAGUCCUCCUUCGUUCUAGAGGGCCCUUUCAUUUUCCUUUCCUUUCCUUUUACUUUCCGAUAAUACAUAUAUUUCGCCAUGUCGGACUCGACCCUUUAUCUCUACACCUCCCUUACUGCGGGGUCGUCCCACAUCGUCACCGCCACUGCACGAUUGGAGACGAUCCUCAAGGCCAACAAACUCCCCUUCCGCGCAAUUGAUGUGGCAACCGAUGACGCAGCCCGGAAGCUCUGGGGUCGUCGCUCUAAGGGCAAGAAGUUGCCAGGUCUGGUGAAAUUUGGCACCGUUGUCGGUGACCUGGAGGAAGUCGAAGAAUGGAACGAAUACGGUGAGCUGAAAGUGCAGGUGAACAGCAUCGAAGACUUUGAUAGUAUCCCCGCGACGAGCACCGCGCCCUCAACCACGAAGCCCGAAUCCGGGUCUGCGGCCUCAACGCCCGCCUCGGAACCCUCGGUCCCCAAGCAGAGCACUAUUAAGAUCCAAAACCCCCCGGCCAAGGAAUCCCAGAAAGACGACUCUAUCACACUCGCUCUGCGCCAGGCGAGCGAGGAGGCCGCCGCCAAAGCCAAAGAGAGCAAGACCGAGAAGGCCAGCCCAGCUCUUGCGCAGCAGCAGCAACCUCUGACUGCAGCUGGCGAGGAGAAAAAAGAAGGAGACGCAGAUAGUGUACGUCGGAAAUCAUCGGUUGCUCCGGAGAUCGUCACGGGGGGUAAUCCAAAGCGGCCGCCUCUGGUGCCGGAGAUCGCCGCCGUCUCGUCUGCCAAUUUUCAUGCUGAUAAUGCUGAAGCACUAGGAUUAGUUGAGCAUCAUCGUGGGUCCAUCGUUUCUGCCACGUCGCCGGAGGAGAAGGCCAAGGUUGCGCAGGAUAUUCGUAAGUCUAUAUCCGGUGGGCAUGCGGAGAUGUUGGAGUCGUUGCGCGACGACCAGGCGCAGAAAGCUGGUCAGGAGGAAACCAUUGAUGAAGAGUCGGAAAGUGCAGAGGAUGUCGAGGAUGCGAUGAAUCGGAAGGCGAAGAGACCCGGUUCCAGUUGAAUGACCCUUUGAUUGCUGAUUUACGAUGGACACGCCCGACAAUACCUUUCUUAACUGGCCCUCAUCUUUGCUGUUUCCUUUAUUUUUUUCCCCCCCUACUACCCUGUAAAGAUACCAGCGCAGUGAUUUUAGCCCGAUAAUUGGGAACUCGAGAUUUAAUUGCGGUUCUUUUUACUUCCUAUAUCUAUAUA